UAUAGCAGACGAAAGUUGUGUUUAUUAUUUUUGUUGUGACGAUUUGACGGAAAUUAGGCAGUUGACCAAUGAGAUUUCGAAUGGUGUCAACGUCAACCCAUUCUUGAGCGUUUUAUUCGUUUCCUUUCAUUUCAAUUCCAUUUGCUGUCCGAUUGUAUUUUAGUUGGAUUUAUCAAAGUGUUUCUAAUGGAGACGGGGUUUGGAGUAGUAGAGUAAUUUGUCCUAGCCAUGUCAACAGUUCUUCAAUAUAGAAAUGAUUGGAGUUUCAGGAAACUGUGCCUUUGUUUGUCAAAUUCUGAUCAUACCACUAAUUGUUCUGCCUUUAAACUAUCCCUGUCUUUCACUUUUGUCAACUUGGGGAGAAGAUUUCCAACUUAAAUAUUCACAUUUCCCGGAAAGCCUGAGACUAGAAAUGGUCAAUGAAACAAAAAAAAUGUUCUAUUUUGGAUAUGAUAAUUACAUGAAUCUUGCCUUUCCUUUGGAUGAGCUCAACCCUAUUCUAUGUAGUGGAAGAGGACCAGAUUAUGAUAAUCCAUCAAAUAUUAAUAUCAAUGAUGUGCUGGGAAACUACUCUCUCACUUUGAUUGAUUCCCUGGACACCCUUUUGAUAAUGGGAAAUAUCUCUGAAUUCAAAAGAGCAGUCAAGCUUGUAAUUGAAAAUGUCUCUUUUGAACAGGAUUCUACCAUACAAGUUUUUGAAGCUAGCAUUAGACUCUUGGGUGGUUUACUGUCAGCUCACCUUCUAAUCAUAGAUAAUUUCAAAUACCUGGGUGAUUUGGAACUUGAUGAUUAUAACAAUGAAUUAUUAGACAUGGCCCAUGAUCUUGCAGCCAGAUUGUUGCCUGCCUUUGAUAAUACAAAAACAGGAAUCCCUCAUCCAAGGGUGCAUUUGAUUAACGGUGUUCCCGUUGAGGGAAUUACUGAGACCUGCACGGCUGGAGCAGGGACACUCUUAGUUGAAUUUGGAAUUUUGAGUCGGUUAAUCAAGGAUCCCGUUUACGAAAAUUAUGCCCGAAGAGCUGUCAAGUCAUUGUGGGAUCUCAAAAACAAAGACACAGGCCUUCUAGGUAAUACCCUGGAUAUUCAAACAGGACAAUGGACUGGGCAGUUAAGUGGCAUUGGAGCUGGCAUGGAUUCAUAUUAUGAAUAUCUCUUGAAGUCUUUUAUAUUGUUUAAUGAACCAGAAGACCUUGAAACAUUCCAAAGUAGUUAUGAAACCAUCAAAGCUUACUUGAGAAAAGGCCGACAAAAAUGUAAUGAUGGUGAUGGAGAGCAUCCAAUAUAUGUCAACGUCGACAUGAAAAAUGGAGCAACCUCGACCACUUGGAUUGAUGCACUUCAGGCGUCCUUCGCUGGGCUUCAGGUAUUAUAUGGAGAUGUUGAAGAAGCCAUUUGCAGCCACGCUUUGUAUUUCGCGGUUUGGAAAAAAUGGGACGCUAUACCUGAACGAUUCAAUUGGCAACGCAAAGAGCCUGAUGUUUCGUUCUAUCCCCUGAGGCCAGAAUUUGCUGAGUCGACUUAUUUGCUCUAUCAGGCAACCAAAAACCCGUUUUACUUGAGAGUUGGCCAAGCCAUACUUGAAAGCCUUAAUCUCUACGCUCGAGCGCCAUGCGGAUAUGCAACGCUGCACAGCGUCAUUGACAAGUCACAGGAGGAUCGAAUGGAGUCUUUCUUCCUCAGCGAAACCUGCAAAUAUUUAUAUUUACUCUUCGACAUUCAUCAUCCAAUUAACACGAAUGCGGAAAGGUACUUGUUCACCACAGAGGGACACGUCAUCCCAAUCACUUCCGCUUUGCGCCCUUUCAAUUGGGAUGACGAUGAAGUAGAUAGUCACACAGGGAGAUUGCUGCCCUCUUCUCGAUACAGUCACCGACGUCAUGCCUCUCGAGUGUCCGAUUCAGAUGUAGUGGCUGUGCCGAAUAAUAGCACUCAUAGGGUUUGCUCUUCGGUGCAAUUAGAACGUGGCUCUCUUCCGCUGAAACAACGCUACCUCGUUCAGUUAUUUGAUACCAUUGGAGCUGAAUUGUAAUGGUGAAUUGAUCGAAUCUUAUGGAUUUUAAAAGAAAAGUGGCUUAAGUAAUAGGUUUUGGGGGGUCCCGGUUUUUUCCUCUUGAGAUCCAACAAAGGAUCCAAGUAUAACGUUUGUUUGUGAUUCCAUAGCUCUUAGAAAAGUCUUGGCCUUUUAUGAAAAAAGAAAACCUAUUUAAUAAGCUCUUUAUAUACAGAUUGAAAUACAAAUUGAAUUUAUUGUUAAA